AUUUACCCAUCUGAUCAAAACGAAAACCCUAAAUUCCCUUUCUCCCUUCCCACUCCUGUAACCCUCUCUUUCCCACCCGCCGUCUGUUCUUCCUAGCCCCUCUCUCCCGCGGUAUGUUCUUCUGGUAGCCUCUCUCAGUAUCUCUUUUCUCCUCCCUCGUGCAGUGGACGCCUGGACGGAAUAAUUCUUGUCAUCUCUGCUCUAGUCGUCACUACAUCUCUGCAUUCUCCAGAUUCCACUCCAGGGUUUUUUCCGAGAACACUAUAAAAAUAGGGUUUAGGGUUUUUGCACUAUCUGUAAACUUUGGUUGUCUCUGUGAUUCGAAAGAUGGGGAGAGCUAAAAAAGGCCCGAAAUUUGCAGUCAUGAAGAAGGUGGUCACCUCCAAAGCAAUUAAAAGCUACAAAGAGGCGGUUUUGAAUCCGAACAAGAAGGAUCUCACGAAAGAAAAGCUACCCAGAAAUGUGCCAAAUGUUUCUUCCGCGCUGUUCUUUAAACACAACACUGCUUUGGGACCGCCUUAUCGGGUUUUGGUUGAUACCAACUUCAUCAAUUUCUCUAUCCAGAAUAAGUUGGAUUUGGAGAAAGGAAUGAUGGAUUGCUUGUACGCAAAGUGCACUCCUUGUAUCACGGAUUGUGUAAUGGCAGAGCUUGAGAAAUUAGGUCAGAAAUAUCGUGUGGCUCUGAGGAUUGCUAAGGAUCCUCGUUUUGAGAGACUACUCUGCACUCAUAAAGGAACCUAUGCUGAUGACUGUAUUGUUGAAAGAGUUACCCAGCACAAAUGCUACAUUGUUGCUACAUGCGAUCGAGAUUUAAAGAGAAGGAUCCGAAAGGUCCCUGGUGUGCCAAUCAUGUACAUCACUCAACACAAGUAUUCAAUUGAGCGGUUGCCAGAAGCAACCAUAGGUGGAGCUCCAAGGUUUUGAUGAUUGGCGUGUGACCUCUACAAAGCGAAGACUGGUUCUACUCCGAUUCUGAACAAUGCAGUUCAUCAAGGCGGAAUUGCGCACUUUUGGGUUAGGUGAAUUUUCUUCAUAGGAACCUGUAAACGUUUCUAACAUUUCUUUAUUACAGUUAUAAGAGAAGAAAUCGAAGUGCACUUGUAGCAGUGUUAGUGUUAUGAUUUUACUUGUGAAACUCUGAACUGUAGUAAUUAUAUCCGUUUUUCGAUUUGUCUAA